AUGGACGUCUGGUUCGUAACGACGCAGUAUCCCAAGUAUGGCAAUCAUCCUCCAUACGAGACUGUCUGUCACCCUGCUGUAUCUUCUAUCACACGUCCAUACACAAUGCAUGUACCCUCUGUAUACUUGGUAUGGGAUUCCAAGCUCGGUAGCGUCAUUGCAUUACGUCGUCGGGCGCGGCAAUUGGCCGUCAGUCGCUGUGGUUUCGUAUUGGCUGGUGUUUACUUCCGAAUUGAGCAUGCUACGGCACUGCAACUGCCUGUAGCCUUAAAGAUCAUGGACCGUACUCAAGUGUUACUUCAGAGAGACGACGUUGAGAGUGAGAUUCGGGUCAUGAGUCAACUGCAAAUGGGUGGCAUUGAUGCACCAUUGGCCAACAAGUACAUGAUCCGCUGGGAAUACGCCAGUGAUGUUUAUAAUCAAUACUUAGUCACUGAGUAUGUCGCCAAUGGCAGUUUACAAGCUUAUGCUUAUCGUCAGGUGCAUCACUUCAUGCUCCAACAUUUGCACGAGUUUGCACAAACUCAUGGAGCUGCUCCUAGUAAAUUAGAAUGUAUUUCUUAUGUUUAUCGAGGUUCAGGUCAUGAAUGGAUGCAAAAAGGACUCGACAUCUUUCAAGGACUUAUACGAGCUUUGACGUAUUUACACGCACAAAAUGUUGCACAUUUGGAUCUCGAUGUGUACAAUGUUGCAGUGGAUAGACAAGUGUGUCCAAGGAUUAUUGAUCUCGGCAGUAGCCAGAUCAUGGAUAAUCGAGGCAUGGUCGGGAUGGGUUAUGUGAGCAUCAAGUGCAAACCGGUGUUUGUGUCACCAGAAGUGAGAGCACAUCAGAGGAUGGCACCACCAAGACCGGGGUUUAAUGGCGCUGCGGCGGAUAUGUGGGCUGCAGGGGUUAUUUUGGUGCAGUGUAUUGUGUGGGGGUUUCGAGGUGGACCGACGUACCUUGUAUCCAACACAAACUGGCGAAAAGAAAUGUUUAGUCAUAUUGAUGCCACUUGCAGUCACAAGACGUGUCAUUUGUGUGUGAAUUUUAUUUCCAUUCCUCCACUCAUCGGCGCUAUCAUCAAACAGUUGCUCCAUGUGGACCCAAAACAGCGGCCUUCAGCAUACGAAGUCGCAAUAGCAUUGCAGGAAAACCGGCAAGUGCAAUUGUUCCCCGUCCACCCAAGAAUGCAAAGAUGA